AUGGCGGCUUCGUACCUGUCCAAGUUGAACCCCGUGCCGGCCUUCGCCGAGUACACAGGUCCGUACAAGGUUGGUACGGUGGACGUAGAGAUCCCGGUCGAUGAAUUGGAUUCUCCUGCGCCGGCGCCCGAAGGAACCAAUAUUGAAACUGUCCAUUUCCGCAUCUUCUAUCCUGCCCAUCCUGAAUCGAAAGGAAAGAAAAUUACAUGGCUGCCGGCACCUCAACGGCAUACCUUGUCGGCUUACGUACAGUUUCUCGGAGCCGGACCUUUGCUAGCUGAAGCAGUCUCCUUUCUACCGAGACAUCUUCAUUACACGACGAUACCCGCUAUCAAGAAUGCGCCAUUACUCGAACCGAACACACCGAACAAACGAUGGCCAACGGCGAUCUUUUCGCACGGCCUCGGAGGCAACCGCAAUGCAUACUCGCAAGUGACUGGUGCGCUAGCAUCUCACGGAGUCGUCGUUAUAUGUCCAGAGCACAGAGACGGGAGCGCCGUAGCAUCGUUUGUGCGGAUACCAUCAGAACAAAACCGAUACUUCAUGAAAGAUAGGCAACGCCAGAUCUUAUACAAGCGGAUACCACAUGAUGCCACGGACGAGGUGCACGACGCAAGAAACGCACAGUUACGCAUCAGACUAUGGGAGAUGGGUUUGAUACACGAUGCCGUUCUCGCUAUCGAUCAGGGUCUGAAGAAGAUAAAUCUGAACACAAGCACGCCCUCGUUGGAUCAAUUCGCCGGCCGCAUGAAUGUACACCAGCCCGGAAGCAUCAUAUUUGCCGGACACAGUUUCGGCGCUACCACAGCGGUGCAAUUCCUGAAAUCAGUGUACUACGCCCGACUACCAGAAGUUGCCAAUAUGACACGGCCUCUAUACAAGCCGUCGCCUGACUCAUCGAUAUGUAGACAGGUGACACCGGAGAACGUUACGAUGCUGCUUGAUAUGUGGUGCUUUCCACUUCUGGCGAAGUGCACAAAGACCCUGUUCGACUUGCCGCUGCCAGUCUAUGCAGACGAUGCCUCUGCGCCUGGCGGCAAUGGACUGGUGGCAAUCGAGUCUGAUGCUUUUUACAAAUGGAAAGAACACCUACAUGCUACAGCACGGAUACUGUCUCCUGACCCAUCUGCUGCGGUGGUGGAGACCAAGGCGUUCGAGCGCCCAAGCGGUAUUAAGCUGUCGGAGCCCAACUUCUUUUAUGUACACAACUCGGCCCACUUGAACCAAUCCGAUUUCGGUGUUCUGUUUCCCUGGUUGACGAAGAAGGUCUUUGGCUCAGCCGAGCCAGAACGUGUCUUGCGGCUUAAUCUUCGAGCAAUGCUUCAGGCAUUAAGAAUCAACAAUGUGCCGAUUGGAAGGACAUGGGUUGGGGAUCUGAUCGACGGCUCGCCGGAGGGUAAGCUUUCGGCUGCCGAGAACAAGGGCCAGAACGACGGCACACACGACGACAAGGCCAUAUUUGACCGCAACGGCAACAGCGGAGUCGAGGCCUGGAGUUGGAUUGACAUCGUCGGCUUGGGCGACAAGCUUGGCGACUUCGGCGUCACCAACAAGACCGAUGUCGAGACCCAGGAGCCCGAGAUGGCUGGUGAGAUUGAGCCGCAGAUGUCUGAAGGCGAGGCCGUCAAGACGGUGGUUUCUGCAUCAACUUGA